GUUCAUUUGAUCAUCGGCACGUGUCUUGUGACCACAACGAUCAUGUCGGAAGAUCUUCCACCACCAUACACCCCAGCUACUACAGCACCUCCCGUCUGGGAACCUCACUUUAUAGAUCUAACCCAACAUUCGUCUCUUAUUCUUCGUAAACCCUUGGAUCCUCCACCCGAUUGCUUCUCUACUCCUUCACCUCCAAGAUUGAAAUCUAACGAUUUCCCUCCAUUCAGAAUCCCCUGCGCUGGAAACAACCUCGCAGAUGGUUUUCGCAUUCUUUAUCCCUCAGGUCUAUUUGAGAAACAUGGGAUUCAACAGGCAGACUGGACCCGCUUCCUGGAGGAUCUUGGAAUCUCUGCUCGUCUUGCGAGUCAGGGACUUAGUGCAGUGGGUUCUCGUGUUCCCAUAACACCAAUCCCUAUCCGUGGUAUAUUCAGCAGAAGAGCGACUGGGAUCACAUAUGACUCUCAGUUCACAAGAAGCCCUAGGGACGAGGUGCAGACGCUCAUUAACGUUUGGAAUCAGUCUGCAUUUGAACGACGCAAACUACGUGUCAAUCUGCGCAUCAAAGGAGGGGUAGACAACACGGCCGCUUACGAGCUUCUUGUCGAGUCUCUUUGAAAUGUUUACGAUGAUCGAAUUUCAUGUUUCACGUCAGGUGUAGGACAUGUUUGUAAGUACAUGUGCAUAUGUGUCCGCAGUUAAUUAUCCUCGCACAACUUUGGUAACUUGAUUCGUGCUACUUUAUGAAGGAAUUAUCUUUAGAGCUCCCUGUACUACACAUGCAGCAGCGCUACUUGGGACUGGUGAAUUUACCUAUACAUUUGACUUACUUUCAUCUGAGUUCACUAGAGCGAUUGUACAACAUGAUGGUUAUUAGAUUAUGCUUGUAAAACUUGCUUCCAAGUUCGCAAUAGUGAAGAAGAGGUGCUCAGCUUACAAUUA